CUUCCAGCCCGAGCUGGCCCGGGAGCUCUGUUGAGCCCGGGGGCGCGCGCCGCCUCCGUGUCCGCGUCCCGGGCGCCCUUCGCGGGGAAGCGCCCUCAGCCUCCCCGGCCCGCCGGGCCCUUCGAGCCACGAAGUGACUCUCCAAAGAAGGUCAAGGUUUGAGCCUCCAAGUGCAAGCAGCAGUUAGAGGGACAUCUUCCUCCAGAGUUGGACAAUGGCUGGAGAAGUCCCAGAAAUGACUGCUGCCUUGGAUUCUUUGGCUCAGACGCCAGAAGUGGAGGAGGAGGAGGAGGAGGAGGAGGAAGAAGAAGAAGAAGAGGCCUCAACAAUGAUACUGGAAAAUGAGGACUCCUCCUGGAAGCCUGGUUUAGCCCUGCAGGGGGACAGCUGCGACCCUGAAUCCUUUCAUCAGAUUAAAAGUAAAGUUGAGUAUCAGGAGGCCGCCGAGCCCAGGGAAUCUCUUAGCAGACUCAGGGAACUCUGUCAGCGAUGGUUAAGGCCAGAACUGCACACAAAGGAGCAGAUGCUGACUCUGCUGCCUGGGGAGAUUCAGGCUUGGUUGAGGGAGCAUCGGCCAGAGAGCAGCAAGGAGGCGGUGGCUCUGGUGGAAGACUUGACCGAAACUCUUCGGGAGAGUGCUCUCUCUAUCGCACGUGUUCCAGAAUUUUCUGAGGAGGACAGCACCGAAGACCAAGUUAUGGAGGCUGCACUCCUUAUGGCCAGGGCUCAGCGGCCGGGGACGUUUAAGGAUGGAGAAGAUUCUCCCUCCCAAGAGGAGCAAGAAGGUCUAGAUGCUGUUCCAAAAGACCUCUGUGGUGAUGUGAUGCAGGAGAAUUAUGGGAAUGAAAUGUCACACGAUUUUGAAAUCCAGAGUGAGAAUGAAGAGAAUUACAAUCAGGAAAUGUUUGAAGCAGUGGAAGAAAAUAUGCUAUCAGGAAGGCCUGAAGGGGAAGGCAUUCAGCAUUCUGAUUGGGGAAGUGAUUUUGAGAGAGACUAUGGGAUAGAGAGGCCUCAGGGAAAUUCCCAAGCAGAGGAGUAUAGGGAAACUACUUCACAGGACAGGGAAAUAGGGCAAUUCAUAGGCCUUCAGGGAACCUAUUUAGGUGAGAAGCCCUACGAAUGCCCUCAAUGUGGGAAAACCUUCAGUCGGAAAUCACACCUUAUCACACAUGAGAGGACCCAUACAGGAGAGAAAUAUUAUAAAUGUGAUGAAUGUGGAAAAAGCUUUAGUGAUGGCUCAAACUUUAGUAGACACCAAACAACUCAUACUGGGGAGAAACCUUAUAAAUGCAGAGAUUGUGGGAAAAGCUUUAGCCGGAGUGCAAACCUAAUAACACACCAGAGAAUCCACACAGGGGAAAAACCCUUUCAGUGUGCUGAGUGUGGGAAAAGCUUCAGCAGGAGUCCCAACCUCAUUGCUCAUCAGCGAACCCACACAGGAGAAAAACCAUAUUCAUGCCUGGAGUGUGGUAAGAGCUUUGGUAACCGUUCUAGCCUUAAUACACACCAGGGAAUUCACACUGGAGAGAAACCCUAUGAAUGUAAAGAGUGUGGUGAAAGCUUUAGUUACAACUCUAACUUAAUUAGGCACCAGAGAAUCCACACAGGAGAGAAACCAUAUAAAUGUACUGAGUGUGGACAAAGAUUCAGUCAGAGCUCAGCCCUUAUCACACACCGAAGGACUCAUACAGGAGAAAAGCCCUAUCAGUGCAACGAAUGUGGGAAAAGCUUCAGUCGGAGCUCAAACCUGGCAACACACCGGAGAACCCACAUGGCGGAGAAGCCCUAUAAAUGUGGCGAGUGUGGGAAAAGCUUCAGCCAGAGUUCUAGUUUGAUUGCCCAUCAAGGCAUGCACACAGGAGAGAAACCCUAUGAAUGUCUGACAUGUGGGGAAAGCUUUAGUUGGAGUUCCAACCUUAUUAAACACCAGAGAAUCCACACAGGAGAGAAACCCUAUAAGUGCUCAGAGUGUGGGAAAUGUUUCAGCCAGCGAUCACAACUUGUGGUCCAUCAGAGAACUCACACAGGAGAGAAGCCAUAUAAAUGCCUCAUGUGUGGAAAAAGCUUCAGCCGGGGAUCAAUCCUUGUCAUGCACCAGAGGGCUCAUCUAGGGGACAAACCAUAUAGAUGUCCUGAAUGUGGGAAAGGCUUUAGUUGGAAUUCUGUCCUUAUCAUACAUCAAAGAAUACACACAGGAGAAAGGCCCUACAAAUGCCCAGAGUGUGGGAAAGGCUUUAGUAAUAGUUCUAAUUUUAUUACACAUCAGAGAACUCACAUGAAAGAGAAGCUCGGUUGAUGUAGCAAGAAUGGGGAAAGUUUGCUAUCAGGAAACUGAUAGGAGAGGAAAGCCACAAGCAUCCUGAAGGCAGUAGUUCUACCAAAAGAAAAUGUAUCUAAUUCCCAUUUAAAGGUCCAUUCACUUUAAUGUUCUUUAGAACUUUUUUGCCAAAAUCUCACCACUGCCCAUCCUGAUCUCUGGAGUGCUGUCUUGUAGUCUGAAGAGCUCAAAAGAAACAGGACAGGAAAGAAACAGGACAGGAAAGAAACAGGAAGGACAGACAAUGUGGAUCAUGGAUCUGGUUCUGCCAGCAAUUCACUGCAUGAUUCCCUGUCUCCUUCCUUGUACCUAAUAUUUUCCCCUGGUAAAAUAGGGAGAAUAUUUCUAGUUGUGAGGAGAAAAACAACAUCUGCAAAAUGGGUCAGAUUGCUCAGAAAAAGGCCAGAGAUCCAUAUGAAUGCUUGUCCUUUCCACAGCUUGGUUGUUGCUAUGGUGCCUUUGUUCCAUUCUGUUGUGCUGCCACUAAAUAUUUUCUUCUUGGAUUAAAUAUAUUAGGCUACACCUCUAGGGUCAAGGACAGAGACAGGGCAAUACAGCCUUGUAAUGAAAAGAAGAGGGAGAGAUAGCAAGGUAAAGCCCUUUUCUGUUUUUGGAAUAUGCCCCAAGUACAGAGAAGACAUAGAGUACAACCUAGAACCCAACUGUACUCUGCAGAGAGGGGCUGGGCUUCCAUGGACUGGAAAUUUAUGAACUGAAUUUCACAGUUGCCCACUAAACUAACCAUGUAGUGUCCCUACCAGAGUAAGGAGGCUACAUUGGGGAGUGGAAUGUGUUGAGACUAUAUAUCUGAAGGGGUAGAGGCCCAUUUGAGACCGAGUGACUUCUACUACUGGUGAUUAUUUCUUCCUCAUAUGGUCGGAGACAGUUGCUACUUCCCUCAUGGCUGGAGGAAACUUUUUCACUGACACCACAGAUAUGUAGCCCUAUAAUCAUUUUAUAGUAAUUCAUUCUAUGCACUUGUAUUUCCCUAUAGAUUAUUUCUCUUGUAUAUCCAGCUCUAGAAUUCUAUCAAGUAGUUUACUGCAUACUAAAAGCUAUUUCUAAGGAAGUGCUGGUAACCAUGUCAUCUGGUCUGAGUUUAGACCCCUUUGGGAGGUCAUCCUGUGGCUUGUGCCCAUUUAUAUGUAACACUGCUAUGGCUUUGUGCCUGUUGUCCCUGAUUUUUGCAAGCACUGAUGACAGUGAAAGGAGAACAGCUGAAGAGGGUUAUUAGUGGGGCAGAGGACAGGCAGAGAAGGCAUUUCUGGGAAAUAUGAAGCUGUCUCCUUCCUCUGCACAUGGAACCUGGACUCAAGAUGAGUCCUCAGGUCCCAUGGUCCUUCAUUCUCUUAAUAAAGUAUUCCUGUCCCUCUGCUGACUCAGUCCUUUAACUUGCAUGGUUCAAAAUCAUGUGUUUCUAUAUCAGGAAGCCCCAGUCAGUGGAUUAGGAUUAUGAAAGCCUACCUAAUAAACUAAGCCAGUUGUCACUGCUGCCAAUCAAAACCCUCCAACCUGUGAGUUUGCCAGGAGUCCCCAUAGGGUGAGGAAGCCUGCUGGUAUUUAUCUCCUUCCUUAUUUGGAGACUUGAUUGUCAAACUGCUUCACCCUGCUACCAAGUUUAGAGACUUUACCAUCAUUCUUCAGUCUCCUUUCCUGUCCCUCUCCCCACAAAAGUGAUUCUUGCUAAUAGUUAUGAAAGAAACAAAAGAUUACUCUAGUUCACAGAAAGUUUUGGGACCCCUGUUGUGUACAGGAUUUGCCACAAGGCCUGUUGUAGCCCUGUCCCAUGGAACUAGCUGGCCAGUUGGAACAAACAGAUGAGUGUGUUCAGUGAUAGCUAUUCCAGAGCCCUACAUAGUGCCUUGCACAAAGUAAGUGAUCAAUAAAUGUUGGUUGAUUGUUCUCUUGAUAGCCUCUGAGCAGGAGAAAAAAAAUUUAAAGGACAGGACACCAGCUUUCCUCAUGUAACAGAAGUAUUCUCUUAGAUGAUGCAUAAUCCAUUUGUCGUUGCUUCAUUUUCAGCUACAGUUUAGAAUUAUGACCUGUAAAUUGAUUUGGGUUUUUGUAAAAAUACUCUCUCUUUGGUGUAAGUGUGAUUUAUUUGGCUUUUGUAAAACAGAGCUGGCCCUCAAUAUUUGUUCAUCUGAUUGACUUUAACAAUGCAUUCUUUGUAACUGGCUUUAGUGAAUGUAUUCAGAGCUAAAUACACUAACCAAAUAAAGGCACAUCGAAACAAUGAA